AUGUCACCGAUGUUGGACAGCAGCAGCGACGACGACGUCCCUCUGGCUCAGAAGAAGGCAGCACUGCUCGUCAAAAAGCCCGCCCCUGCACCUGAGACAAAGACUGUCCCCCCCAAGGCCACGCCGAAGGAGCCUGCCAAGGUCAAGAAGGAGCAGGGCCCCCUCAAGAAGGAGACCAUCCCCGCUGCCAGCAACGGCAAGCCCACUGCCUCUCAGAUCAGCUCCUCUCCCUCAAAAAUCCGGGUGAAGAAGGAGUAUGGGCUGCCAGGUCAGACCCGGGAUACUCCAGAUGAGGCUGACCCCCUCCGCAAGUUCUACACCUCCCUGCUCGUCCAGCGGCCGGCCAGCGACAUGGCCCGCAAGUGGUGUGUCAUGCACGGCCUGUUGAGCGAGGCCGAGGCCGCCGCCUACGUGGACGAGGUAGCCGCCAAGAAGCUGGCGGCACGCCCGCCGUCCCGACAGGCGGCGGGGAGCGCUACCAAGACUGCACCCGGGGCAAAGCACAAGAAGGAGGAGGAGGAUGUGGAGUGGAGCGACGACGGGAGCGAGCAGGAGGUCCUGCCCUCCAAGCAGCGGCGGGGCGGCGUACCCCGGCCCCCAAAGCCCCCGGCCGGCUCAGACUCGGACGACGACAUCAUACUGGCCCGUCGGCCGACCCGGCCCGCGCCUGCGCCGAGGAAGCCCAAGGCUUCCACGCGGGACGUCGCUUUCCAGGACGGUGGGCUGGGGGAGGAGUCCCCGAGCGACGACGAUGUCCCCCUCCUGGCCAGGAAGCGGUGA